GCGGCCAGCCACACAAAGGACGUCGCCGGUAGUGCGUACCUCAGCCUGGUGGCAAGCGGGUAAGGCCGAGCCGAGCUGUGUCGCCGACCGAGUUCGUUGGAUUACGUCUACCGCUACCUCUCGUUAUGGAUUGGACGACGUCGGCUCUUGGGAUGUUCGUGUCUCGGCUGCAAUGACCAUAAAAUGGGCAAAUUUUCGUCUGCCGUCGUCCAGUCGCACACCGGUGAUCGGAUAAGACCAGGGAAAGAGAUCCAGCGCGGUGGAAUGAAUCCUCCUCCAUGGUGGCGAUUUCGUGACACCAGGAUCCAAUGAAAGACAACCUGCUGGAUGGCCACCGGGGUAAGGUGGCUACUAAUGUCACGUCUACUCCCACAGCAAGUGGCAAGACGGAGGUUGUAGGGGGACCUGGACCCACCAACUUCGACGACGAUUACAACGAAUGGGAAUUAGGUAUCGGCGAUCUCAUCAUCGACCUGGAUGCUGAUAUAGAGAAGAAUAACGACAAAUAUCACGGAAUCGGCGACGGGAGUGUGACUUUCGGCUUGUUGACGACCAAUUGUGACUUAACCGGCACGACGUCUAGCAUGUCGAGCACCAAACAGUCCCGCAUGACCGGGAACAGUAACAGUAGUAGUAGUAGUAGUAGCAGUAGCAACAGUAGUAGCAGCGGCGGCGGCGCCGGCGGAGCGGGUUCCGGCGGCGGCGGCGCGGGCGCGGGUGGAGCGGGCGCAGCGGGAAACGGAGCCACCGUGGAGCACCAGGCCACGGUGGACAAAGGACUCAAGAUGAAGAUCAAGCGCAAGAACGUGGGAAGCAAAUUCUCCGAGGCCAAGCACGAAAUCGUGCAGUCCGACACCAAAGUGGCCCACCAGCCGGCCUCCGAGGCCGGCGGCGCCGCCCCCAACUGCGUCCAAGUGGCCGCGCCGGCGGAGCCCAAGUCCAAGCAUUCGUCGGGCAAGGGCAGGAGCGCCGGACACCGCGAAAAGAAGGAGAAGAACAAGGACAAGAGCAACAACAAGGCCGGCGCCGACGUCAACGGCGUCGCCGGCAACGCUCACGGCGCCGUCUCCGCCUCCAUCAAGUUAUCCGGAACCAACGGCGGCGCCGCCUCCGGCACUCAGGGCCCGACGUCGCACGCGGCGUCGGCGCCCGGCGCUAACGCUUCCGCCGCCUCCUGCGACGGCGUGGUGUCCGCCGGCAACUGCCUGCCCUCCAUCAUGCCCAGUCUGACCGUCAAACUGGAGACCAAGUACUCUUCGCUGCCCGCCAACAGCACGGUCUUGCUGAAGCCCGAGGAUCUGCCCAAGAGCCCUCCGCCCAAGCGAGUUCGAGUGGACAAGGCGGACCCGAUGCGGGAUGCGGGUACCUCCACGAGUGUCGGGACCAUCACAGAACCAGAAUGUUUGGGACCUUGUGAACCCGGGACCAGUGUGACGUUAGAGGGUAUUGUAUGGCAAGAAACGGAAGGAGGUAAGAUACAUUUUAUUUUUAUAUUCAAUGAUUUAAUAUUAAUCACUGUUGCAAUUUUUCCUCUCGAGAUGCGGGAUGCGGGUACCUCCACGAGUGUCGGGACCAUCACAGAACCAGAAUGUUUGGGACCUUGUGAACCCGGGACCAGUGUGACGUUAGAGGGUAUUGUAUGGCAAGAAACGGAAGGAGGUGUAUUGGUUGUGAAUGUAACAUGGAGAGGGAAAACCUAUGUUGGUACUCUCCUGGACUGUACAAAACAUGACUGGGCUCCACCUAGAUUUUGUGAAUCACCUACAAGUGAUAUAGAUGCUAAGACUUCCAAAGCACGUGGAAAGAGAGGAAGAGGAUCAACUGGUACAUCUAGUGAAGGUAAUAAUUAUAAUGACUCUAGAGCAACUGUCCAGAGUAAAUUAAGAAACUGUAAAGGACGCAGGAGUGCUUCUAAUAAUAGCAGUUGUACUAACUCAGGGUUCACGGUACCUAGUAGUCCAGCAAAAAGUGAAUCGGGAACAUCAAAUAAUGGUAAAAGAAAGGGACGGCCAAAUGAUUUGGAAUUAAGUCCAGCACAACCGGAUAGUAAAAGUACCAAAAGAAGUCGAUCACAGUCGAGAAGCACUCCUACUCCUAAUAGUAGCAGUGCUCCAGUGGACUUUCCUCAACCGUCCUCACCAGUUCUGAUAGAAUGCCCAGAACCAAAUUGCAGUAAAAAGUACAAACAUAUCAAUGGUCUUCGGUAUCAUCAGACACAUGCCCAUAGUAAUCCUGAAGCAGGAAAAAUUGAUGAUAUAUUAGAAGAUGGCAAAGAUGCAACAAAUAGUUCAGAUAAUGAAGAAAAUUUGCAGGAUAGUACAAGUGUGCCUCCUAGUCCUGCUAUAACUCCUUUUUCUACUUCAGUUUCACCUCAUCACCAUCAUGAAUCAAAUAAUAGGACUUUAUCCACAUCUGAAACUAUAUCAAUUUUAGAAAUUAAUACACCAUCAGAAGGUGAAAAUUAUUCAGAAGCAACAGAUUUGUCAACACUUGCUUCAGUUGCAAUUAAUGAUUCCAAGAAAAAUAGUAAUUUUGUUCAUCUUAGUGGUACAAACAAUCAGUUAAAUUCUGUUAUAAAGUGCCAGGAAAAUAACGACACUUCAUCAAAUUCAGAAGGAACUAAACCUGUAUCAGUUAAUAUGCCCAUAUCAGGACCUGCUUCUAAUAUUUCAUCUCAUGUUGGAUUAACUCAAAGUCCGUCAUCAUCAUCAUCGUCGUCAUUGUCUUCAUCUUCCCUUGUAAACUUUGUAACAUCAGCAACUACUGCAGAUAUUCCUUCUGUAACGGUUAGCAUUCCUACAUCUCAUGUUUUAUUUAACCAGACUUCUACAGUAGGAAGUGGAAGCACAACCACAACCACUUCCUUAGUGAACCUAACAUCAAGUGCUGCAAUGUCUGUACAGUCAAAUAACAUAGCUACUUUCUUUUCACCACCUGUAGCUGUAUCUUCGUCGGUAUCUUCAGGGACAGUUGAUAAGAGUAAGUUAGAAAAAACAGAGAAGUAUAAAUUAAAGUCUUCUAGUUCUACGACAGUAAGACCUGUUAUUUCAGUUCCACCAACACAAGUUCUUCCCCUUUCGAAUAAUAACAGUGCACCACAGACAGGUACCUCUCAUCAACAUGUUACAUCAUCAUUGAAACCAAUUCAACCGAAACCAACUAUUUUAGGAGAACCAACAACAAUUAAUCCAGCUCUUGAAGGUUUAAAGAAAGAGAAAUCUAAACAUAAGAAAAAGAGUAAAGAGAGAGAUAAAGAAAGAAAAGGAAAUUCAACAAAUUUACAAUCAAGUAAAUCACAGGUUUUACAGUCAGCAGAUGAAAAUGACAGAAUUGGAAGACCUUUUGAGGGUUUAGAUACAACAAUAGCCAAAAAUGUUAAUAAUACUGCCAGUUCUUCAAAUGUUCAACAAAAACAGAUUGUUUCAUCAUUAGGAAAUACACAGUCAUUAAAUUCUGAUUCAAAUCCUGCUGAUUCUAGCAAUAUAAAUGAGAAUGUUCAAAGUCCUGCUUACUCUGAUAUAUCUGAUGCCAAUGAUAGUGCACCAGUACUUGAGUCAGAGGUUCCAAGUAAUAAAGACAAGGAUGAAGUUAAAUCUCCGCCAGAAGUUGUAUCUCAAGCCGCUGCAGCUAGUCUUAGUACUUACGGAAUGUAUACAUAUUAUAGUCAACCCCCAUAUUUGAUUCCUUCAGUUCCUCAAAAUUCUGUUCCAUCUGCUACUCUGAAUGUAGAAAAGAAUGAUACUGAAAAGAAAUCUGAAACAGAGAGAAAUAAGGAAGUUAGAAACUGGAACUGUCCACAAGAAGUUAAAAUUGAAAAUAGUAAUGUUUCACAGGAGAAAACAGAAAAGAAAAGUUCUACUGAAGAAGUUACAACACCAACAAAUAUUGCACCGCCAUCUGCCGUAUCUAAUAGUGGUCAACAGGAAUAUCCUAUUCAACAACAGUAUGCCUAUCCUUAUGGUUAUAUGCAAGGAUAUCCAUAUUCUGUUGAUGCUACCUAUCAUAUGCAUUUAUUAGCAACAGAUCCCCAUUACAAACAACAGUAUGAACAUUUCAUUGAAGAACAGGAACGAUUGUAUCGAGAACAAGCAGAACGGCAGCAUAAGGAGCAAACAGAAAGACAACAUAAGGAACAUGUUGAAAAACAACAAAAAGAACAAGAGCGACAACACAAAGAACAUGUGGAUAAACAGCAUAAAGAACAAACAGAAAGACAUCACAAGGAUCAUGUAGAAAGACAACAUAAAGAACAAAUAGAGAGGCAACAUAAAUUACACAUUCAACAUUCUCAGAUAAGAAACAAAGAAGAACGAAGUCGUGAAAGCAGGGAGAAAAUUUCUGAAGAUAAAGGAAUUCAUCCACCUUUAUCUGUUCCUCCAGAUGUGAAUAAACAAACUUCUGCCAGCAGUGCUGUGAUAACUAGUAAGGACAGAGAAGUUCGGCCUCCUUCUCAUCCCUCACAAAAUAGGGUUGAAAGUUCUGUGACACCUUCUGUUUCUCCCGUAGUUACAGCUACAACUCCUUUAAAAGACAAACAAAACGAAAACCAUCAAAUAUUGAAAGAAAAUAUUGAAUUAAAAUCUCAGAUGGAUGCUGGUAAGGUAAAACUGUCACAGUAUGAAGCAGCAAUGCUUUAUGAGAGACAGAGAGAAGAAAUGAGACGAUAUUAUAUAAUGCAAGAACGUUUAAUAGAUCAACAAAAAUUAGAGACUGAACAUUCACAGACUCAGUUACAGGGAAGAAAAGAUGAAAUGUUUAAUACUGUAGUCAUUAAAAAUAAGCCCUGUAAUAUGUCUGAAUCAACAAGACCAACUUCAGUCAUACUUUCACCAAAAUCAGAGUCCACAAAAUCAUUGUCAUCUAGUCCAAAAGGGAAUUCACGAGAACAGACUUUAUUUCCUAAAGAAUACACUAACAAUUCUUCAUCAAGCAAAAAAGAAAGUGGAGCAUCUAGUAAGACAUCUGAACAUGCAGAAUCUAGUGCUCGUGAAGAUAAACAUAAAAGUGAUAAGGGAAAGAUACAUAAUGAAGGUCAAAAGCCAACAAUGGAAACAACGGGUCCUCCGCCACCUCCAACCAACAGCUAUGCUUAUCUUCAGCCAUCUUAUCUUCAACCUACCCAUUCACAUUUUGCACACAUACCAUUUGAUCCUUUAUAUAGAGGUAGUUUAAGUCCAAUGUUAAUGUCUACACCUCCUCAUUAUGGUAGUUCUCAUUAUUUGCAUUCUCAGUUGCGCUAUCAUGUGCCUUCAGCACCCUGUGACAUUCCACCACAUAAUCAAGGUAUGCCAGACAGUUUGGGUCCAAAAUUACAUCCGACAGGUUCAGCUAAAGCUUUAGAUCUUUUACAUCAAGUAUCACAACAUUAUACCUGUUCGACACACAAAAUUCAUGAAUUGCACGAAAGAGCGAUAAUGUCUCCCACAACGAGUACAAAUUCUUCCACACCUACGGCAUCCACGCAGAAUAAAGCUAGUAGUUCGGAAGCAACAUCGAGCAGUUCUAAGCAAGAAGUAAACAACACAAACGAUAGGAGUCAAUCACCUCCACCUCAACGACAUCUGCAUACUCAUCAUCAUACGCACGUAGGAGUUGGUUAUCCUCUUUAUGAUCCUUAUGGUGGUAAGUCAAACUUUUUCUAAUAAUUUAUUAAAUGUGUACAUUUUAGAAAUUUUCGUAAAAUUUUAAUUUGAAAAAUUAAAGAUUAUACAUUUGAAUUUCAUUCCGAAAGUGUCUUAUAAAGAAUCUUACUGUUAUUGUGUUUCAGGCUUAACGAUAGAAAAUUAUUCAUAAAAUAUUGUUAAUUACUGUACAGUAUUAGAAAAACUGUUGUCAGUUUC